UGCUGGCCGGAACUACGAAAAUACGCGGAACAACAUUAUUAACUUUUAACAUUUCCAUAUCAGCGGUAAAUCAUCCUGUGCUUUAAACAACAAAAACAGAUGCAGCGAUUUAACAUUAUCGUAACUGCCAACUAUCGCCCAGUGUAUCCGUAGCUGCCUUUCUUGUCCCAGAAUCAUCAGCAGCAAGUCAUGAUAACCGUUGAUCGAGGGAAACAAAUUGCUAUGCCCAAAGAAGUGUAUGCGGAAGAACGGGGCAAGCAGCAGAAAAAAGUAAGCAGCAUCCCGGAAAUCGUUCGAUUCCUCGAACCAACUGAAAGAGUGACGCAGCCGAUUGUAAGCUCAAGUUCGACCUUGAGGAGGACCAGCUGGUGCGGACAAAAUAAACGGUUGAGGUGCAAACGAACUAUCAAAUCAAUGAGGUUCGUUGAAUUGCUGAUCAGUGGUUUCCCCUACAACAGUUCACUUUUAUGGAAGCUACUUCAAACAGGAGGAAAAGUACAGUAAAUUCGAGUGAAAUCCCCCCAAUUUCAUUUAUCCUCUGCAGGCUGUUACUGGGAGCCACGCUGUUUUUGGAAUCAUAGUCGCUCGGAAGGUUUAUGAGCUACACCGGUAAGCGGUCUAACUUUUGUAGAAGGAUUCCAAAAAAAAAACAGGAAUAUAACUUGAAAAGAAGAUUAGUGAUCACGUGGCUACAUUAAAGCCAGAAUUUGAAAUUGUGAAAACAGGUCAGCAUAGGCAGUUUGUUUCUCUGAUUAGUUUUUAAAGCGAAAUCAAACGGGUAAAAAUCUAAAAAUGUCAGAUAUGUAUCCCAGUGAAAACAGCCCUCCGAAAUGG